AUGGUUAAGAAAAAUCAUUCCACGCCACCUCCAAUAAAGCCACAUGACUCGUUUACUAGAUCACAUAUAAUACUAGUCUCUUUCUGUUUCUGGAUAGUUAUUCUUCACGUUGGAGGACUCUAUUUAUUUACAAGGGGGUUUUUACUCGCUAGACUUGUUUUAGAGGACCGUAGUAGCUGUGCGCAAUAUCCCUUGUCGCGAGACCAAAAUAUUGUUCAAGCUGAAAAUGGUGGGUCUUGUUGGAUCGAACCUCGAUACAAGAAAGCUGUAAUAAUAGUGAUUGAUGCAUUGAGAUUCGAUUUCGUCGUUCCACUGAAUGGGAGCGAUGCCUCACUUUCACCAUACUAUACAAACAAGUUAACUUAUAUACACAAACUAUUAACCGAUCAACCAUCGAAUGCGUUGCUUUUUCAAUAUAUCGCGGAUCCACCAACUACCACUCUACAGAGACUGAAAGGUCUUACAACCGGAACAUUACCAACAUUCAUCGAUGCUGGAAGGAAUUUUGCGGGAUCUGCUAUAACAGAAGAUAACCUCAUCGAUCAACUAAAGCAAUUGAACAAAUCCAUUGCAUUUAUGGGUGACGAUACCUGGACAUCUUUGUUUCCCACGCAAUUCCGCGAGAAUAUGUCAUGGCCAUAUCCGAGCUUUAACGUGUGGGAUUUGUAUACUGUUGACAAUGGAGUAAUCGAACACUUGUUACCAACCAUAAAGGGAGAGAACAAAUGGGACGUAAUAAUAGCACAUUUUCUGGGAGUGGAUCACUGUGGACACAGAUUUGGGCCUGAUCACCCGGCAAUGGCGGACAAGUUGCAAGUGAUGAACAAUGUGUUGCAUGAUGUGGUCAAGGGUAUUGAUGAUGAAACGCUUUUGCUGGUUAUGGGAGAUCAUGGAAUGGAUAGCAAAGGUGAUCAUGGAGGUGACAGUGACAAUGAAGUAGAAUCGUCGUUGUUUGUUUAUAGCAAGAAGCAAUUAUAUCAGAAUGAAAUAGAAGACAUUAUACAGUUAGAUGAGGAUUAUGACAUGACAAGAGGAGUGAGAUUAUAUACUACAAAGUAUGGCAAAUGGAGGAGCAUACCUCAGAUUGAUCUUGUACCAAGUCUUGCAUUGCUAAUAGGACUACCAAUACCGUUUAAUAAUCUUGGAGCUAUAAUCCCAGAAUUUUUCUUUAUCGGAGAAGACGUUGAAAAGAAAUAUGAGAGUCUUCUCAGUGCUGUCAGAUUAAAUGCCCAGCAAAUAUAUCAAUAUGCAAAUGAAUAUUCGUUGCAACAACCACAUGCGGAACUAUCUACAACAGGAAUGGAGAAAUUUCGACAUCUGUUUGAUGAUGCUGAAUCUGAAUAUCUUGGGCUGAUACAGAAAAAAGAAAAAGAAUCAGUUAUAGAUAUAAAUUCUUACAGAAAAACACUAGGGCUUUACAUGCAGUUUCUUAGAACAACUUUGCAGACUUGUCGACACAUAUGGGCACAGUUUGACUAUCCGUUAAUGGUAGCUGGAUUGGUUAUAUUAUUCAGCAGCUGUGGAGUUGUACUAUUAUCUAUAUUGGGAAUGUCACAAUACAAGACCAUCACACUACACAAUGAGAAAGUGAUGAAGAACAUAAUUGCUGGCGGGGCAAUUGGCAUUCUGCUCGUUAGGAUAGGGGUGAUCAAGACCUUGCUAUGGCGAUGGUUGGAGGAUUCUGAUUUCAGUAAAUUGGACAUGAUGAUACUAUCCAUGUGUGGAGGCUCAAUUCUUGGUUAUGUUAUGACAUUGAUCGUUCGGAUAAGGAUAAAUGAUCUGAUGCGGAAUAUGAUGACAAGAGAUAACUUUAUUGCAUUUAUAUUCCUCUUAUUACAUACUUUAUCAUUCGCGUCAAAUAGCUUUACUAUCCAUGAGGACAGUAUAAUGCUUUUCCUACUGCAGACGUUCGGCCUUGUUACAAUUAUCCAAUCGUUCCGCGUUCCAGUGGAUUCGGUUAGGAAAAGAUUGAUGAUUUUCGCUUCGUUGUUCGUGCUGCUUGCUAGAAUAUCACAUUACUCUACUAUAUGUAGAGAAGAGCAGAUGCCAGGUUGCACUCAGACAUUUUAUGCAUCAUCUGCAAACUCAAUUUCCUCACCAUCUACUCUUACAGUCCUUAUUGCAUUGGCUCCUUUGAUACCAGAAAUCAUAAAGUGGCUGUUAAAUUUAUCAAAAUCCUACGGUGGAAUAGCACCCUUAUGGAUAGGAUGGGGAUUACGUGCUGGAUUGGUGCUCUCUGCGGCUUAUUGGAUCAUGGAUGAUGGAGAAAAUACUAAUAAUACAUUAAAGAAUAAGUCUAUUGAAAUUAAUCCAAUUGAAUAUCAAGGGAGUAAGUGGUUGAAGAAUUUCAUAGUACGAAUGGCGUUUGGUCUAUCUGUGGUGGUUGGCAAUACAAUGUGGUGGAAAGCACCCCUGUGUCUGGAUUUGAAGACUGUCGAUCAAGCACUAGGAGAAAGUAGUGGAGUCAAUCAAUCAAAGCAAGAGAUAAAACGGAAACAAAACAAUGUAAAGAAUAACGUAAAAAAAGGUACUGCCGAUAAUUCAAAGCAAGGGAAGACACCUGUUUUAAUACUGGGAUUCGGCAACGCUCUUGGAUCAUCAUACUUUGUGUUUGUGAGUACGUUGUACUUGUUGGUCGUCAUUGUACAAAAGCCAAUGGGAGGGAUUAUGACAUCGAUUAGCAUCAUACAGAUGUUGCUGUUGCUGGAGAUUUUAGAUUUGCGCAGAGAUGCUGAUGAAUUGGUAAAAGAGGUCAAAAGACUACAGAGGGAUGAAGCCGAUGAAAUGAACGAUGAUCAGAAAAAUGAGAAUGAUAAGAUCGCUGCCGGCAGCGAUAAUGUUGACUAUCCUUCAUUCAGUCUUCCUCCUCAUAUGCGAGAGCAGAGUGGUCAUUUACUAUCAGCAGCAAUGUUCACUCUCAUGUCGAUGUUCUACUUCUUUACUACGGGUCACCAAUCAACGAUUUCAUCCAUUCAAUGGUCGACAGGAUUCAUCGGAAUAACAGAGACAUCCUAUAUAAUAUCACCCAUCCUAAUCACUUUGAACACUUUCGGUAGUCAAAUUCUAUUUUCUGCAGCCGUUCCUCUUGCCGCUUUAUGGAAUUUACCGCCAAAAAGAGAAGUUCCUAUGUACCAGAACGUGAUGAAAAUAGUAUUAUAUUACAUGUUGUAUAAUUCCAUACUGACUUUGAGUGCAAGUUUUUUUGCUGCAUGGUUCAGAAGACAUCUAAUGGUAUGGAAGAUAUUCGCUCCGAGAUUCAUGUUAGGCGGGUUGUCAUUAGUUGUAAGCGAUUUAGUAGUUGUUGUAAUUGCCGUUGGAGUUGGAGUUGGGCGGGUUGUUGAUCCCGGAAAAGUGCCAAAUGAUUGGCGCCCUAAUAUGUCUGAGGACGUGGAAGUGAAAAAGUCUAUACGCACACCAAGAUAUUGCAAAACUUGCCAGUGUUACAAACCGCCUAGGGCUCACCAUUGCAAGACAUGUCAGAGAUGUGUGUUGAAGAUGGAUCAUCACUGUCCAUGGACUAAUAACUGUGUCGGAUAUUAUAAUUACGGUCACUUUCUUCGUUUUAUUUUUUGGGUUGAUGUCACUUGUAUCUAUCACUUUGCGUUAUGUAUGCAGAGGACUUACUGGAUGGUGAACGACGUCACUUAUUCAAACGAUGACCCAUCUCCGGUAGUGGUGGUUUUCCUUGUCUUAAAUGUCGUAGCAGUAAUACCAGUAAUAUUCUCUGUAGGGGUAUUGAGCUGCUGUCACUUUUAUUGUCUGUGUUCAAACACAACGACGAUAGAGACGUGGGAAAAAGACAAAGUUGCGACAAUGAUUCGAAGGGGAAAAAUUAAAAAGGUAAAAUUCCCCUACGAUCUCGGAUGCUUUGCCAACUUCCAAUCAGUGCUUGGUAGAAAUGUCCUAUUAUGGUGCUGGCCACAACACAUGUCCGGUAAUGGGAUAGAUUAUUCAAUCGCAAAAGAUGCAGAUUCGGACUUAAUAUGGCCUCCCAAGGAUCCGACAAUACCGUCACCAGCUUCACUACCACCAAAACCAUGGCACAUGAAGGACUAUAAUCGUAAUCCUAAUCAUCGCUCUUCUCAUAAUAGAAGAAGACAGAUCGUUAGAAGAGACAGUGAAGGAUACGUAGUAAGGGACAUAUCUUUAGAAGAACGUCAGAUGUGGGUUGAAGAUAUUCUAGAAAGACGACUUGAAGAAACAUCUGACCCUUAUCAUAACUCGGAUGGAAGUACAUUGUAUUCAAGUGGUAGUGAACGUUCCGACGAAGAUAUUUCUGACGACGCGAACUUUUUCGAAGAAGGGGAAGGAAACAAUAGAGAUGUUGGUGUUGGCACAAGUAAUGGAAAUAGAAUACAAGCAGAUGAGGUAGGAACUAAUAACUUUUUAUAUAAUGCUCAUAUGGAGCACGAGACUGCGGAUGAAGAUGAUUGCGUGCCAAUUGGCUUACUAGUCUCUAGGGAUCAGACGACUUCUAUAAGGCGAUCCUCAUUAAGUGAGAUGGACACUAUCGAGAACGUCAAUCAAGAACAUAUCAUUGCUGACAAAAAAAGAUGA